UCGAAUGUCAUUUAAUAUUACCGACUGUUGCGCUAGACAACAUUGGAGCGGCUGCAACAUCCUUUGGUAAUUCCCCGGCGGCACAAGACAGUUGCCGGUGAUUAUUUUAGCUACACGGUGCGUUUUGGUCAGUCAUUUUUGUAACCCUAACAAAUUAACGCCUUCUCCUCUCCCUCCGCUUCUCCUUUAAAACGGUGCGUUUCUUCUUCCUCUGAAUCCGGACUGUGUCAAACAUAUUUAUUUGUCUAUUCCUCGGAAUCGGAAUGAAUCGGGCACAGGCAAUAAAGCGGAAACAGCCCGAAUCAAAUUCCCCAUCUCAAUCUCUGACCGAACAUGAGCGUACCCUCUACAAUGUGAUAAAGAACAAACAGGAUAUGGGGAUUUGGACACGAGACAUGAAACGGGAAACCAAUCUUCCGGACAAUGUGGUAAAUAAGUCACUAAAGGUGCUUCAGGCCAAGAAUUUGAUAAAAGAGGUGGUCAACAUUCAAAACAAGGGACGGAAACAUUUCAUGGCAACGGAAUUUGAGCCGUCAAAGGAAAUAACUGGAGGCGAGUGGUACAGUGAAGGGAGCCUUGAUACGGAGUUCAUAUUGCGCUUGAAAGAGAUCUGCACUAAGCGAAUAUUUCAGCUGAAAGUUGCUACAUUGGAGGGAGUUACAGACUCGAUUAAAAGGAGUGGUAUUAUCAACAUGGACUUAACGAAACAGCAAAUUGAAGAAAUUGUGAAGGCUUUGGUUUUGGAUAACGAGCUCGUAGAAGUUAAGAGUAAUGGAAUGGGGGAGUUUACUUCUAUUCCAAUUGGACAAGUUUGUUAUAAAUGCGUUCGUAAGGGAAGCAUCAGAGCAGAACCAAAACCUGGGGCACUAGCUUCCGUUCCUUGUGGGGUUUGUCCAAGAAUAAAUCAAUGCACACCUAAUGGUAUAAUAUCUCCACAAACUUGUAUCUACUAUACCAAGUGGUUGGAUUUUUGAUUUGAUUUCUUUUGGUUAUAAAACAAUGCCAUGGUUUUGCAUAAUGUUAUAAUACCCCCCCAAAAGUUUCUAUUUUGAUACCAAA